CGCCUCGCCCCCGGGACGCGCACACGCACUGGGCGUCUGUAUUAGCGGCUCGGGCAGCGCUCAGUACCGCUGACAGCCCACGGCAGCCACAGCAUCCAGCCUUUCCUCUGGAUCCCAGCUCUCCUGCAGACAUCACAUUCAAAAUACUGUCUCUCCCUUACUGAUGCAAUCCUGAUUUAAUGGUAUUCGCAUCAUACUGGUGGAAUACCGGCAAAAAUAGAGCAUUUUUUCCUUCAAGUCAUUUUUUUCCGGACUCGAAUAACCUGGAAAAAUUGGAAGUGCCUCUAGGACACGGAGUACUUUCUGAAGAAGACGGGCAGCUCUGCCGGCGUUCUCCCGCAGCAGAUUUCCGAUCGGCAAGUCCCGUGGUGAGUGAGCCCACAUACGACUGCCGUCAUGGAUGAGAUGGACCUGCCCCAGAUGAAGAAGGAGGUGGAGAGCCUGAAGUAUCAGCUGGCCUUCAAAAGAGAGAAGUCCUCCAAAACUGUCACUGACCUGGUGAAGUGGAUCGAGGACGGGGUGCCGACGGACCCCUUCCUGAACCCCGAGCUGAUGAAGAACAACCCCUGGGUGGAGAAGGGCAAGUGCACCAUCCUUUAACAGCAGGGUACUGGGGUAGCAGCCCUGUCCGUCCGCCGAAACCUGGGCUCUGGCCACCGUGCUGCCUGUCCUGCCCCCACAGGACGCCUCCCCCCCCCCCCCCCCCCCGAGUGUACGCCGCCCAAUGGCAUUGUUGUAUAGUUACUGCGAGACACCCCACCAUUACUCUUAUAUACUCUAAUACUCCCGUAUAUGCAGUUUGAUCUCGACUUUACUCUUUCUGCCGCCUGUGACUUUAAGACGUAGAGCAGCAGAUCCACGCUAGUGGUUUUCCUGCAGCCUGAUGCAUGCGAUGUGACAGCAAAUACUACACUAAUGGAGACCGUUUUUUACAUAAGUACAGCUGCCGACUAUUAGGGUCUGUUAAUUUAUUUUAUUUAUAUGUGGAUUGUUAAAUCACUCGUGGGUUUGGUGUGUUUUAGAUGAUAAACUUUCUAUCUGGUUUCCUCUCGCCUUUUCUAACACCUGUAACCAUCGGAAAUGGCCUUGUAAACUAGUUCCUUAAGGAGAAUGUCAAUGUAAUAGGUUAGGCUGCCAUUAGCAAGCUCUGCACUGUUCCGUGUGCGUGUCCAUGUGCUCGUUUGCGUGCGUGUGCGUGUGCGUGUUGGGUCGAGACAGAGGUCGCCCCCUGGCUGAGAUGCUGAACUGCACGAUCCAUUAGGUGAUGGCACUUUUAAACUAAGGCAACAACAUGACUUUAUGUCCCAUUUACUUAUAAGUCUUACAUGCAUAUGUAACCUGUUUGUAAAACAUAUAGUUUAUAAAAAUAUAUUUAAAAACUACUGAUAUAUCUGUUUAUCUCUAAAUAUAUUUGAGUGAUUAAUUAUGCAUAAGAUCAUGUACUAGUUCAACGAUUAUGAGCAAUAACUUACAUUUUUUAUGGAAUGUUUUACAAAAAUAAGUUUGUGAUAUCGAAUAAAUUGGUGGUUUUUAGAGAGUUUGA